GAGGGCUUAUAGGGCCGGGCCGGGCGCUCCCCGCCAUGUGACCGCGGGGCGCCCAGCUGGGGCUGGUUAAGUGUCGGCGGCGGGGACUGUCAGCUGCUCGGCUGUCGCUUCCCGGAGCUUUAGCCUCCGCUGGUUUUAUUUCUUAUACAUCUUUUCUCUUCCUUCCCUCCCGCGCGCCUGGCACUUUUCAGAGAGCAGCGCCCCGCUCCAGCGCGGUGCGGGACGCGCCGCCCCGGGAGCGCUGCGGGAGGCGGGGGCGAUGCCGCCCGCCCGGCGGGGCUCCCCGCGGCCCGACCGCGCUCCCGCCACCGCCUGACCGGCCCGGGGAGAGGGCGCUGGAUGCAGGAACUGCCCGAAAGCACCGCUUGCCAUGUGCGCUGGUAGCGCCCGGCUCGGGCAGCGCCCGCGGCCCGGCACUGGGUAGUCGGGGCGGCAGCCGGGCGGGGGCGGCCCCGGGCGCACCGCGACCAUGGUGAAGGAGGAGUGCAAGGCGCUGCUGGACGCGCUCAACAAGGUGACCGCCUGCUACCGCCACAUGGUGCUGACCAUCGGCGGCACCUCGGACUCCCAGAACCUGCGGGAGGAGCUCAAGAAAACCCGGCAGAAAGCCCAGGAGCUGGCGGUGGCCAACAGGAACAAGCUGACCACGGUCCUGAAAGACAAAACCGUGAGUAAGGAAGAUAAAGCCGAGUUCGAGAGGCUAUGGGUGAUUUUCUCCACGUGCCUAGAGAUCCUGGAGAUCGACAUGAGGAGAGCCCUGGAGCUGGGCCACGAGUUCCCGCUAAACGUCCCCAAAAAGCACCUCAUCCAGACGGGAAUGAGCGGGGGGACCUCUGGCGUGGCCGCCAGAGCCAUGAGCGUCCAGAACAUGAAAUACGAGGCCGAGCGCAACAUAGACGUGAUGGAUUUGAAAGACCUCGAGAACGAAAUCAACCAGGCUCUGGUGUUUGCUGCUGGUCACUGUUUACAGUAUUCGAAAGUAAGACAAACUUGGAGAUUAACACGGGUGUUUUGUCUGACCAAGUGGAUAGAAUACUUUUUUUUCCUUCCCAUCAAAUACACAAAACUAUUGUUUCAGUGGAAGAAAGGGGUAAGGAUGAAAACCCCAAUAAAAGAAUGUGAUCAACCUCUGAUUUUGAUAAGUUAAUGGUUGGGGAGGGGGGAGAAAACAGAACAAGCAAUGUUUGAUACCACAUACUGUAACAAACUUGUUGAUUUAGACUGGAUUGUACAGAACCCAGUUGCAUGAAUUGGCACAGCACAUGUGAAUGACUAAUCGCUUUCCAAAUCCAGAGAGAAAAAAGGGAGAGCUGCAUAUUCAGAAAAAUACUAGCAAGCUUCGUGGUUCUCAUUCAAAUUUACCACAAUUUUAUCUUUCCCUGCAGAAAGGCUGAUUCUUGCCACUAGUUCGAAUUUUUCUUUCUGUAGCAGCAGUUUGCACUUUACAAUUAAUUAACUAUGAAAACAGGAGCAAUGAAUGUACCCAGAGCAGAUACAGUAACGUUUAAAAAUAGAUUUUAGCAAACAAAAAUCAGAUUUGAGUUAAAGCACACCUUUCCAACAGGAUCCCCUCUCCUGUUGACAGGCAGGGACUGAUGCUUGUAUGGAUACUGUCACAUUUCUGCAAGCUCCCAAAUUCUUUGCAGAAAUCUAGACAAAGCUAAAAAUGUGUCUCAGUUUCCAAUCUCAUUCGUGUCUGAUUAAUCAUCUGGGAGAAGGAAGCCUCUAGGAUUGAUCCCAUUUGAAACGCUGCAAUUUUGAGAGAUAAAUGCAACAACAGCAUAAAACUUUCCAGAGCUUCCCUAUAAAAUUGUCAACAUUUAAAUGUAAAGUUGAGGGGACAGACACUAACUUUGUAGAGAAGCUUCAUAAUGUUUUGUAGAAGGACUCUGUGUUAUGGUAUUUAUUAGAUAACUUAUGGAAGUAACUUCUAUUACUGUGAACACUCACUGUCCGUUCAGGAAUGCUUGGUCCAUGCACGACAGUGCCAUAGGUGUAUGAGGCACUCCACAGCCAAAUAUAAAGACCCCAUAAUAUUGGGGGUUUAAUAAGUUGUUCUUCAUUGCUUAUUAUGGACAUAUUAUCAAAAUAAUAAUCAGACAUGUUCUGUGAAGUUACUAGACAACAGUCUUCAUGCUUGUUAAAUAAAACUGACAACACUCAUAUAAACACCUAAUCUUUUUGAGUUAACAACUAAACAUACUUUGAAAAACUGCAGCAAACAAUUUAUUUUUUAAAACUUAGGAGAACUGGAUUUGACGAAAAAAGUGUAUUUGAAUCUGGUCACCUGUAGAUGAGAAAAAAAUAGUAAGCAGAGGCCUGAAUUAAAAGCUGUAGACUAUACUUAUGUUGAAGGAUAAUGUGAAUUCUGCACACUGAUCCAUUCUAAUUCCGUUCUCUUGGAAAUUCACAGUGUUAGAAGACAACUCCACAUUCUGGUCACGUUUCACUCAUUCCACAGGAUAUGUUUUAUAUGUAGCUAAUCUAUGUUCAUAGAGAUCCCUGACUGCUUUCUAACAAAGUCAAGUCUGUAUUGGUGCUACAGUUCCAGCCUGCCUAGACAAGGUGUAAUCCCUGUGUGUUCAUUUACAUGAGAUGAUCUCCUUCACAAUCACAUUGAGUAAACAUAUUUAAGGAAAAUGCAGCAAAAGCUGCAGGAUUGCCACCACUAAUCACUAAGGACCUCGAGUAUUUCCACUCUUUGCACUCUCCUUUUACUUAGUUCACAGGAAGGUGGAUAAGCAGUUGGACUCUACUCUGUGCUGCUCGAAAACUCCAUGUACCUUGUGAAAUCAGAUCAUUUAACCACAUGUUUUCAAAGCCCAAGUAAUGCACAUGUGGUUUCUGGUGGAUGAAUAAAUGGUAACACUGACAGCAUUCAUUAUCUUCUAUCUCGGUAUCUCCUCCACACUUAGCCAUAGAUAAACAGUUUAUCCAUGGUUAGUUGUGCGGAAGAAUUAUUAAGAAUAGGGAAUGUCAUCCCCUAAAGCAAACUUCAGUGAGCUGGUAAAUUGGAAGUUGUCAGUCCAUUGCAUUUUUUUUUAAUUUUGACUUUUUCCUACAGGACUCAAAUUCAUACAAGUGGCCUAUAAAUGUCUUGCUUUACUAUGAAUAUGCACACAAUUAGUACUUAAAGGACGGGCCUCAGAAAAUGAAUUUUCAAAUCAUAAGACAAAGCCAGAUGCAGAUUUAUUCAUCAUUAGUUUGUUCCUAAAAAUCUAUAUUGUAUUUAAGCUAUCUGAAUAGAAUUCUAAGAGAAAAUUGGCACUGCCUACAUUGAUAAUGUUCCUGCCACUCAUCUCCUACACUUGAUACAAAUGUUCGUUUGUGUGACAGAGUUCUGGCACAACAGUGCACAAAACCAAAACAAAUGAAACCACCAUUGCCCAAAACUACUGAGGCUUCUUAUAAAUUAAGAUAUAGAGAUGUAGAUUUGCAGUCUUAGUUUUUUCCUCCUACCAGAAUGCAACGGGAAGGAGACUGGAAAUGCUAUUUUGUGAGUGAAAAAUGCGAACUGGUACUUCAAAAUACUCUAAGAGCAUGAUGAAAGAACACAUAUUCUGAUGCUGAUCAAUGGGAAUUGUAGUACAAAAGAAGAUGGUUAUUCCUUAAUUUCAGUGUUGAUCUACUUCAGUUCGUCUUUAUUCACAGGAUACACACAUUAAAUUUGCUGUAUACUGAAAUCUUAUUCCUGACUUGAAUUCUACUGGUUUUGCCUGUGCAUGGGUGGUAUUUUCUACACUUUGAAUAAUGCAAACCUGUUACUGUCACUAUUUAUUUAAAAAUAAAGUACUUCCUUAUAACUUA